CAUGUUCAUUCAAAAACGGAGUCUCCAUUUCUUGCGAAUCAAUAUUCUCAACAACACUUCAACGACUUCACCACUAUAAAAAAAGGUUACAGGGAAAUAUUAAAUUAAAUUUAACGAUAAACAUGGUCAACAUAGUUCGGUGUUAAUACGAAAAGAAAAAUAAACAUGAGUAUUUUAGAAAGUUUAUUGAUCGUUUCGGAAAAAGCGGCAAAUAUCGCGCGGACGUGUCGACAAAAUCAGCAUCUGUUUAAAUUGUUGGUGCAGGAAAAAGGAACGGAUGAAGCAAAUCCGAGGUUUGUGGACGAUUUUAAAACUUUAGCGGACGUUUUAAUACAGGAAAUGGUUAAACAUGACGUAGGAAAUAAAUUUCCAGAAAUAACAGAUUCGAUUUUCGGCGAGGAAAACAACGUUUUUGAAAACAAAUUGGGCGAAAAAAUUUGUGUUAAAGUAUUAAAAACGGCCGAAGAAACCAAAAAGUUAUUAAUUAAAGUUUUAAAUAACGAUGAAGAAGCAGCUGAUUUAUUGGCAGAAAUAAUUCAUGAAGAAAUCGAUUUAAAAAUUGAUUUACCAAUAAUUUCCGAAAACAUUGAAGAUUUCGCAAUUUGGAUAGAUCCGAUUGACUCAACGGCUGAAUACAUAAACGGAAUCGAAAAACUAUCUAACUCCAAUAUUUACACCACCGGAUUAAAAUGUGUCACCGUUUUAAUCGGAAUUUUUAAUAAAAAAACCGGAAACCCAAUCAGCGGGAUUAUUAACCAACCCUUUUUUGAAGAAAAUCAACAAUUAGGACGACGAUUUUGGUCGUUUAAUAAUCAAAAUUCUUUAAAAACAUCCCAAAAUCUAAGUACAAAUCGAAUUUGUUUGAGUUCCUCUGAAAAUCCGGAUAUCAAAGAAAAAUUAAGAACCGCUGGAUUUGAAUUGGUUGAAGCCGCCGGUGCAGGUUACAAAUCUUUAUUGGUUAUAUUAGGUGAAGUGGACGCUUAUAUUUUGAGUAAAAACUCAACUUUUAAAUGGGAUACUUGCGCCCCUCAAGCGAUUUUAAGUUCGAUGAAUGGUGGUAUUAUAAAUUAUCAAGAAGCAAUCAAAGGAAAUGUAAUUCCUAUUUGUUACGAUGUUUGUAAUGGUGAAAAUAAAUUGCUGCAGUGUUGUAAUGAAGGUGGAAUUAUUGCGUUUAACAAUGAAACUGUUUUAAAGUGUAUAUUAGAAGCGUUAAGAAAGUGAUUUUAUUGUGUAAAGUUAAUACGUUUAUGUUAAUAAAUAAAAUGUUUAUAAUUAUC